AUGUCAUGUUUUUUGUACAUUGCACACAAGAUGAAAUAUGUUCUUUGUUUGAUCGCUUAUUUUUCUGCGAUUUGCACUUUUGCAGAAGCAGCAUUUAAUCCUUCACCCAGUCCUGCCUUUCUUUCCUCUGAAAAGCAUGAAAAGGGCGUUUAUGAUCAUGCAAUGGAUCGUUUGAAUAUCGAACGAGAAAGGGGACGACAUGGAGCGCAUUUACACGUUCAACGACUCACAGCAGGCGGAAGUCAUUUGGUCAAAGUGGCUCAAACUGGUGUCAAGCACGUUUGUACUUCGAUUAACUGCAAAGCGACAAAAGAAGAAAAACAAAAAGCUGCACAAAAUUGGCAAAAGACUAAGGCUGAAGGCUUCAGUGCUGCAAGAGCAAAUCAGAAGCAAGCAAGUAAAGUUAUUUUUGAUUCUUUUACCAACCAAGAAAAUAUUCAGCGAGAUAUUCACACAAUUCGCGAAGCGCAAUCACACGGACAACGGGUUCCACAAGAAUAUCAUGAUCGAUACAAUGAAAACAAUAACAAAGGAGCUGCACAUGCUUUGGCAGAAGAAAAGUCUGCAAAUUGGGCUCGAGGUCAACACCGUUCUAGAGCGGCAAGACAAAUUAAAUGA